CCGCGUGCUCUUAUGUUAAGUGAAAGCGCGGUAGCCUCAUGACGACCCCAGAGAGACAGAGACUGAGGGAGGACAGAACGAGGGCAAAAAACUGGAAAAGAUGGGGGCCCUACCUCUCGGAGCGUCAGUGGGGGACUGUGAGAGAGGAUUAUUCUGAAGAUGGAAAUUGCUGGAAUUACUUCCCACAUGACCAUGCGCGGUCCCGGGCUUAUCGAUGGGGUGAGGACGGCCUUCUGGGGAUCUGUGAUAGACAGGGGCGACUUUGUAUGGGCCUGGCCCUCUGGAACACCAAGGACCCCAUCCUAAAGGAGAGGUUGUUUGGACUCACGGGACACCAGGGGAACCAUGGGGAGGAUGUCAAGGAAUUGUACUACUAUUUGGACAGCACCCCCACCCACUCCUACAUGAAGGCCCUCUAUAAAUAUCCCCAGGAGGAAUACCCCUACAGCAAACUGGAACAUGAAAACAAAGUACGGGGAUUCCUGAUGCCAGAGUAUGAAAUUCUGGACACAGGUGUGUUUGAUCAGGGUUAUUUUGAUGUGAUGGCUGAGUAUUGUAAACACAGUCCUAAUGACGUCCUAGCGAAGUAUACGAUCUCCAACAGAGGCACGGAACGAGCCACGGUUCAUGUGCUCCCCACACUGUGGUUCAGAAAUGUCUGGUCAUGGGGCAAAGAAGCGUAUUGUUGUGUGACUCCAAAGCCCCAUCUGAGUCAAGUGUCCAACACCAAGGUGAAAUGUGACCAUCCAACACUAGGGGAGGAUCAAGGUCAUCACAUAGACCCUACAGUGGACCAGGCCUCACCCCCAGCAGCUUACUGUGGGCCAUUUUUCUGGGAGGUAGAUGUGGAUCAGAACAACAAAGAACCUGAACUCUUGUUCACAGAAAAUGACACAAAUUUCAAACGUUUGUUUAAUAUGGAAGGCAAAGGAUAUGCUAAGGAUGCAUUCCAUGACUAUGUCAUCAAAGGACAGAAAUCAGCUGUAAACCCUUCACAUUGCGGAACAAAAUGUGCUGCUCACUAUGUCCUGACCCUUGACCCUGGGGAAGAGUUCACCAUCAAAGUGAGGCUGUACUAUGAACUGGAGGCUCCCAAGCAUGGAAUCUUUGGACCAGAUUUUGAUGACACCUUCCAGGACAGACAGAGGGAGGCAGACAUCUUUUAUGAAGAGAAAAUUCCAAUGAAGGACAAACAACAGCGACAGGUAUCACGUCAGGCCUAUGCUGGGCUGCUAUGGAGUAAACAGUUCUAUUACUAUGUCAUUGAGGAAUGGCUAAAGGGAGAUAAGAACCAACCCAAACCCCCUGCCUCCAGACUCAAGGGACGUAACUUUGAAUGGAUGCACCUCUUUAAUAUGGAUGUCAUCUCAGUUCCAGACAAAUGGGAAUAUCCAUGGUAUGCUUCCUGGGACUUGGCCUUCCAUAUGAUUCCAAUGGCAGACAUUGAUGUCCAGUUUGCUAAGGAUCAGCUACAACUUUUUCUCAGGGAAUGGUACAUGCAUCCAAAUGGGCAGAUACCAGCAUAUGAAUUUAGUUUUCAAGAUGUAAAUCCACCAGUUCAUGCCUAUGCAGUUUUAAGAGUAUACAAAGCCUCAGGUCCAAAGAACAAGCGAGACCUUGGCUUUCUGGCAAGAUGCUUCCACAAACUCAUCAUGAAUUUUACAUGGUGGAUUAAUAGAAAGGAUUUGGAGGGGCGGAACAUUUUUACUGGAGGAUUUCUUGGCCUAGAUAACAUUGGAAUUUUUGACCGUUCUAAACCACUGCCAACAGGAGGCUACCUGGUCCAGGCGGAUGCCACGGCGUGGAUGGCGUUCUUCUGUUCCAUCAUGCUGGAGAUCUCCCUCACACUUGCCCGGAGGGACUGUAUCUACGAAGACAUGGCCAGCAAGUUCUUUGAACAUUUUGUAGCCAUCGCUGAUGCUAUCAAUCAUCAGGAUGAAAUAGGUUUAUGGAAUGAGGAGGACGGGUUUUACUAUGACCACAUCCGAGUUAAUGGCAAGAAAACGAUGCCUCUGAAGAUUCUAUCCAUGGUAGGACUAGUGCCUCUCUUUUCGUGUAUGGUGCUGAAGUACGAAGUUCUCAAUAGACAUCCAGGAUUUCACAAGAGAACCAAGUGGUUUCUGCAAAAUCGUAAAGAUUUGGCUCAACAUAUAUCCUUUAUGUGUGAGAACCCUGACGAGAAUGAAGAGACCUUACUUUUGUCAUUAGUGAAGAAAGAGCAGCUCAAGCGAGUGUUAGCUCACGUACUGGACGAGAACAAAUUCCUAUCUCCUUAUGGUAUCAGGUCCCUAUCAAAGCAUCAUAAAAAAGAGCCAUUUAUUCUGGAGUGUGGGGGACAUUCGUACAGUGUAAAGUAUGAACCAGGCGAGUCUGAGAGCAACAUGUUUGGGGGAAACAGUAACUGGAGAGGACCUAUCUGGUUACCUAUGAACUAUCUUCUGAUUGAGAAUCUAAGAAGAUAUGAUUACUUCUUUGGAGAAUCCUUUAAGGUGGAAUGUCCCACAGGAUCCGGGAAGUUUAUGCGUUUAACAGAUGUAGCUCACGAACUCUCUGUUAGGCUCUCAAAACUGUUUUAUCCUGAUCCCAGGGGAGUUCGACCCUGCCAUGGUGAUGAGGAGAGAUAUGCUAAGGAUCCCCAUUUCAAAGAUUUGAUUUUGUAUUAUGAAUAUUUCCAUGGGGAUACAGGAAGGGGAUGUGGUGCAAGUCAUCAGACUGGCUGGACAGCCCUCAUCGCGAACCUUCUAAGGUAUGUAGCAAUCCGCGAGAGGUGGGUGAGCGCAGUGCAGUUAGCACAGCUACGAAAAGUCUCCAAUGCAGGGAUUCCAUUGGACAUUGAUAUCAUGUUAGACCUUAGCUCAGACAGUGAAAUGUCCUCAUAGCAUUCAGCAGUGAAGUUGGUCUCCAUAAUGUCUUACCAUCAGUCAGACAGCAAAAUGUCUCCACAAGGGUUUAACAUCA